CAGCCUAAUUUGAGGGGACUGGGUAUAAAAAUCCCAAAUCCCAUCAGUUUCUAGUUGCUGACACUGAGACUCUCAGACUGCAGGCAGAAUGGCCUUUCGUUCUUUGCUCCUUGUUUUCUUAGCUGGACUGGUGUUUUUCUCUGAAGCCGCACCACUGGGGUCUCAUGAUUCCAAGCACCCUCUUAUUGUGAAAAUUCUAGAUUCAGUCAGAGGAAGUCCAGCUUCCAGUGUACCAAUUAAAUUAUAUAAAAAGGCUGAUGAUGGGACCUGGCAGCUCUUAAGUUCAGGAAAAACCAAUGAAUAUGGUGAGAUCCAUGAGCUUACAACCGAGAAACAAUUUGUAACAGGGUUAUACAAGAUUGAGUUUGACACAGUCACUUACUGGAAGGGACUUGGCCUUAACCCAUUCCAUGAACUUGCUGAUGUGGUAUUCACUGCUAAUGAUUCUGGUCAUCGUCAUUAUACUAUUGCUGCUCUCCUCAGUCCCUUUUCUUACUCAACUACAGCUGUUGUUAGUGAACCAAAGGAAUUCAGAACUACACAUUAACCAUGCAAAUUGUCCUACAUUGGUCAAUUUAAGAUUUGUAGAUUGAUUUCCUGUAAUGAAUGAUUCUGCUUUUUGGCUGCAAUAAUCAAUACUUAUUACUCACAUAACAUUUUUCAUCUUCAAACACUAACUCAAAAGCAAACUGAUAUGCAAUGGAUUUUUAUUUUGUGAAUGUAUUAACUCUGGUAAAGUCAAUAAAUGUUUCUUCUUAAAAAGGUUUUCAAUUA